AUGUUCCGCCCCAGUGCCAAAGACUCGGACCCUUCCGUCCUGCGAAAGGCCAGAGCGGCGUGCUACGCGGCCCGCGACCAGUACUACGCUUGCGCGGAGGAGGCGGGCACGGAGGUUUCGCCGGAGGUUGUCCCCGUCGCCUGCCGUAAGCUGAGGGCCGCCUACGAGGCCAGCUGCAGGCGGACCUGGGUCGAGCACUUCGACUCGCAGCGGCAGAAGGAGGUCCGGCUGCUGCGCGCGAUAAACGCCAGCAUACGGGCGUCCGGCGACCAGGCGCACGGCACGCUCGCGGGGAAGCCGCUCGGCGACCGCGGCGAGUAG